AUGUGCUCUACCAGAUGUUGCUCUACCGGAUGCUGCUCCAUCGUGAAGAGCAAAACGGUGUGCUGCAGCCAGCCGUGCCAGAAGACCGUCUGCUGCGACCCAUGCCAGCAGUCCUGCUGCUGCGACCCAUGCCAGAAGCCCUGCUGUGACCCCUGCCAGCAGUCCGUCUGCUGUGACCCAUGCCAGAAGCCCUGCUGUGACCCGUGCCAGCAGUCCGUCUGCUGCGACCCAUGCCAGCAGUCCUGCUGUGACCCAUGCCAGAAGCCCUGCUGCGACCCAUGCCAGCAGUCCUGCUGUGACCCAUGCCAGAAGCCCUGCUGUGACCCGUGCCAGCAGUCCUGCUGUGACCCAUGCCAGAAGCCCUGCUGUGACCCGUGCCAGCAGUCCUGCUGUGACCCGUGCCAGAAGCCCUGCUGUGACCCGUGCCAGCAGUCCUGCUGUGACCCAUGCCAGAAGCCCUGCUGUGACCCCUGCCAGCAGUCUGUCUGCUGUACCAAGAUGACAGUCUUUCCAGCAGGCCUGCGAAGAUGUGCUCCCGCCAGGACAAAGACCAGUGCCACCGGCAAGAAUGGUCCUCAUGCCACAGCAGUGAAGGGUGCCACAGGAGCAACAGUGGAUCUGGAUGCCACGGGAGCAGCGGUGGAUCCAGUUGCCACGGGAGCAGAGGAUCCGGAUGCCACAGGAGCAGCGGUGGAUCUGGAUGCCACGGGGGCAGAGGAUCCACAUGCCACGGGAGCGGUGGUGGAUCUGGAUGCCAUGGGAGCAGUGGGGGAUCCUGCCAUGGAAAGCCACAGGACUGCCAGCAGCAAAUUUAUCAAGUAUCCUCAAAGAUGA